AUGGUAAAUCCAGGACAGAGAGUGGAGAUAGGACCUUCCGGAAGAAAGAUCAUAUAUGAUACUGAUGGGAAAAUAUGUCGAUCAUGCAAUGAAUUCAGUGAUUUCCAGUUUGUGACGGGGAAAGUAACAAAGGGUUCAGCAGCUGUUGCGACCACUAAACUUCUUUCUGUGAGUUCUGACGAUUUGAUUCCUGGCUCGAGAACUUAUACAAAAAUACCUCCUCCAGAUGUAAAUCAACUAGGUCGUUCAUCAUGGACAAUGCUUCAUGCGAUGGCUGCAAAAUAUCCAAAGGCUGCACCAACUGAUGCCCAGAAGGAGGAUAUGACUAAGUUUUUGAAAAUAUUUUCUCAUGUAUAUCCCUGCACUUGGUGUGCAAAGGAUUUCGAAAAGUAUAUUAGAGAAAAUGCUCCAAAAGUUGAUAAUAGGGAACAAUUAGGUAAAUGGAUGUGCGAGGCACAUAACCACGUUAAUAAGAAGUUAGGAAAGCCGAAGUUCAAUUGUAACUUCUGGGAGAAACGUUGGGUGACUGGAUGGGAAGAUGAGUAA